ACUAAACACACUCCCGCCGCCCACCACCACCACCACCACCGACGCAGCAUGAAGGCCCUCGCCGGCGACAGCCCCACCUCCGCGCCGCUUCUGCAGGCGACCAAGAUCGCCAUCCCUGCUGCUGUCUCCUCCGUGGGAGGGGCCGCGGAGGCCGCGGUCCUGGGCAAGGGGCGCUACAAGGUGUGGGCCCUCGCCGCCAUCGCGCUCCUCGCGCUCUGGUCCAUGUCCGCCGCCUCCGUCUCCCUACGCUGGUCCGCAGGCGACCUCGCCGCCUUCGGCUCGGGGGACCUAGACGCGCCGCUCCGGGACGACCUCGACUCCCUCGAGAUGGAGGAAAGGGAGAAGCUGGUUGGUCGGAUGUGGGACAUGUACACGCGCACCAGCGACGAGGUGCGCCUUCCACGCUUCUGGCAGGAAGCGUUCGAGGCUGCCUACGAGGAGCUUGCUGGUGACGAUAUGCAGGUCCGGGAUGCGGCCAUCUCUGAGAUUGCUCGGAUGUCUGCCCACAGGCUCGAGCUUGAGCAGCCGGUGAAUGCAAACGAGGUAGAUGGUAAGGAUAACGUCAGGAAUAAUGAUCAUGGCGGAGUGAAGCUGUAGUUUCAAAACUGAAGAUGCAUCCUGUGCGCCAACAACAAAUACGGAGUAUAUCAGAAGUUGGACUUUGAAGCUUCGAUGUAAACUAAAAAAAAUUAUGGGAGGAUAAGCAAAAGCUUUGCAUGACAUAAAAUGUAAAUUGCCCCGGUAAAGCAUUGUUCUUAUGUCAUGCUUUGAUUUCCUAUGUAGUAACGUAGGAUACAUAGAAUCUAUCAUCUCUGUUCCAAACGUCUUAUAUAUUGGAACAGAGGGAGUAGCAGACUUGUACUACUGCUUUUGUAAAUGAAUGUUUUUCUAUGAGAAACCUUUUACCUUAA